UUGAUUUUUUCAGGUCUCUCAUGGGGAACUGAUGACCAGUCCUUGAGGGAUGCUUUUGCAAACUUUGGUGAAGUGGUCGAUGCUAAAGUCAUUGUUGAUAGAGAAACAGGAAGGUCUAGGGGUUUUGGAUUUGUCAACUUUACUGAUGAGACCGCUGCUAAUACUGCCAUUUCAGAGAUGGAUGGAAAGGAUCUGAAUGGACGGAGCAUUCGGGUGAAUGUUGCUAACGAAAGACCAAGUACUCCCCGGUAUGGCGGAGGUGGUGGCUAUGGUGGAGGUAGCUAUGGAGCAGGUGGUGGUGAUGGUGGCGGUUACUAAACAGAGAGAGUUUCUUAUGAAAAGAUUUGAUGGUUUUUGUUUAGUUGGGUUUCUUUAAUUGAAUCUUGUGUUACAACUUGAACCUCGUUACCCAUUCCUUGAAGCUCCAAAUGUUACUUUCCUUAUUUGAAUUAUUAUUUCUUUUUCUGCUUAUUUCUGUAUAAGCCCAAGUAAUAAGAUUAUCUUUUUCUGAAUGGACGGAGCAUUAACUGAACAACAAGCAACAAGCUUUCUUUCUCUCUUCUCUGUUCUCUCUCUCUGGUUCUUUCACAGAGAAGAUGAGAAGCUUUUUUGUUUAGAUCUUUGGAUCUAAUCUUUUGCUUUGUAUUAUAUUUUCGAUCUCUAGGAUCGAUUUUAAUCUUCCACUUGUUGGAUCUUUUGUUCGCUUUGGCGAUUUGUUCUUUCGCGAUGGCGAUUUUGAAGUGAUUCUUCAGUUGAGUUUGAGCCGUUCUGAAUUCUCAUCCUCUCAAAUAUUGACUGAAGAAAAUAAAUAUCGAUUGUUCUUUGAUCGGGUUGUGUUUCCCUCUUUCGCGACUAAUUUAUAUCCCGUUUUGCUUGGAUUCGAAUCUCUACUCCUCUGAUAAUCCUCAAAAUCCUUUUCUACGGGUAUCAAUCUUUCUCUUUUGAAAGUUCAUUUGUAUAUGGUCUUGACUCUCGGAUGGAAAGGAGGAUGCAGAUGUGGAGUAUUCUUGAUUGAUGUAAGAGAGUUUUAAUAGAGUUGGCAUCACAGAUGGCCCAACAAAGAAUCUUCUCCCAAAUCGAUUAAGUGUUCCUUGAGUUUCACAUUCUGAGGAGCUUGAGUUUCUGAUUUGAAGCAGCGGUUGUUGGCGAAAGAUAGAGUUUAAUGGGUACAAGUUUGAAGAUUAGGGAGUUUUACAGGAAGGGAAGAGAAUCAGCAUCGGCGUCUGGUUGAUUGGAGUCACCGGAGGAGAUGAUCGGACCCGGCGAAGCUGAAUCGUCAAGUUGCAUGCUUCUCAAUUGACAUGUCUUAUUUCUUUUGUUGUUGAGUUUCCACAUGUAAUGUUAAGUAACACGUGUUCCCUAUUUUUUUGUACUCAACACUCUUGGGAAUAAAAUGACGGUUGA